AACAGUGUAGUGCACAGAAAAAACAAAAGUAAAUCCGCAUACAACAGUACAACAACAUCAUUAUAAAACGUUAAUAGCAGCAGCAAGGGUGGAUCAAACAAACACAGACCAGGUAGCUCUCUCUCUCUCUUUUGUAACGAAAUGGCAGAGGAACUUGACCUCGACAACCUUAAGGUACUGAAAGUUUUAGGCAAAGGGGCCAUGGGCACUGUGUUUCUCGUGCAACACAACUCCGGCCACGUGGCGCUCAAAGUGGUCGACAAAUCAUCAUCCCUCCACGACGGUGCUCGCCGCGCCCACUGGGAAAUCACUGUUCUCUCUCGCUUAUCCCACCCCUUCCUCCCCACCCUACUGGGUUCCUUUGAGUCCAACAACUUAAUGGGCUGGGCCGUCCCCUACUGCCCUGGCGGCGACCUCAACCACCUCCGCUAUCGCCAAACGGAUCACAUAUUCUCCCCCGCCGUCGUCCGCUUCUACCUCGCCGAGAUCCUCUGCGCUCUCCACCACCUUCACUCCAUGCACAUCGUGUACCGCGACCUCAAACCCGAAAACGUCCUCAUUCAACAAUCCGGCCACGUCACUCUCACCGACUUCGACCUCUCCCGAACUCUCUCUCCCACCAAAACCAACACCUCCUCUCCCUCCAACUCCCACAUUCCUGACACCGCCCCGCGCAAGCCCCGCCGCAACUUCCGCUGGGCCCCACUCACGAAGACCCCCAAGUCCGCCCGAGUCACCCCCGCAGCUCGCCGCGCCGCGCCAAGCUUCGAGCGCUCGAACUCGUUCGUGGGCACCGAGGAGUACAUCGCGCCGGAGGUCCUCCGAGGCGAGGGGCACGGCUUCGCCGUUGACUGGUGGGCCCUCGGCGUCCUCGCCAACGAGAUGGUGUACGGAACCACGCCGUUCAAGGGGAGGAAUCGCAAGGAAACGUUUCGCAACGUGUUGUUGAAGACGCCCGAGUUUGUCGGGAAGAAAACAGCGUUGACGGACCUAAUAUCUCGGUUGCUAGAAAAGGACCCUUCCAAGCGUUUGGGUUAUGUUCGCGGCGCCACCGAGAUCAAGGAGCACGAGUUCUUCAGAGGGGUUAAAUGGGACCUACUAACGGAGGUUGUGCGGCCGCCGUUUAUUCCUUCAAGAGAAGAGGUUACGAAGCCUUUCGCCGAUGGACUUGACGUAAGGGGAUACUUUCAGAGUCUGAAAUCUCCACCGUCUUUGCCCCCCUCGCCGUUACGGUCACCGUCGUGUGAGUUUCAGAAAAACGUUUCUUUACCGGAAUUCUGACGCAUGUGUGGGAGGUGGUAGACCUAGCUACCUAUUCUUUUUAACUCUUUAAAUUUCUGUCUAUAUUGGGGAAUGAAUAACGGUGUAGAACGCAAAGUAACGGAGUUACUCAGAAUUUACUGCUAUCAUAUGCUUUUGUAUAGUUGGAUACUACAUAUACAAUUGUAAGAUAUUGUUGUUUAUAUGUCAAAUAUUUUUUGUUUCAGAUGCA